AUGGUGAUCUGCUGCGCCGCCGCCAACUGCUCCAACCGGCAGGGCAAGGCGCUCCGCGGCGCCGUCUCCUUCCACAGGUUCCCUCUAAAGGACUCGAAGCGCCUCAUUCAGUGGCUGAAAGCCGUCCAGAGGGACAACUGGACUCCCACCAAGUAUUCCUUUCUUUGCAGCGAGCAUUUCACCAAAGACAGCUUUUCCAAGCGCCUGGAAGACCAGCAUCGGCUGCUCAAGCCCACCGCCGUCCCUACCAUCUUCCAGCUUGCGGAGAAAAAAGACGACAACCUGGAUUAUGUCCGAAGCAGAAGGAAAAUAGCCAGCCAGGUAGCGCUACAGGAUGGAGACCCGCCGAGGGAAGGAGGCUGUGAGGUAGUGCAGAGAACCUCCUCUUCUGAGCAGGGCUUGAUGGUGAUGCAAGGGACUAACGAGAUGGAGGAGGCGACUUUGCAAGCUGAAAUGGGGUCGAUAGCUAAGAAAGAGGAGAGUAUCUACAGGCAGCUGGACGGCCCUCGCAAAAGGACUUUAGGGGAUGGUUUAAUUGCAAAGCCAGCUUCUCAGAAAAGGCCUGAGAGACCUUGCAUGGAGGAUUGCCCUAAAAGCAUGCGGACAGGCGGCUGGAUGGCAGACAGAAGCGGCAUAUCGGUUGACGACUUCACGCCCCCUGCGUCUGGUGCUUGCAAGUUCAUCGGCUCCCUGCACUCUUACAGCUUUUCUUCCAAGCACACCAGGGAGAGGCCAUCGUUCCCAAAGGAGCAACUAGAAAGGAAAAGGCCAAAGCGAGACACGGAACCGAGCUGCAGCAGCAACCUCGUGGGACACGAUAACGCCUUAGCAGAAGGCUCCUCUACUUCAUCCCUAACUGUGACCCCUCAGAAACCUUCCCAGAGCUUGUCGGCGUCCCCAGCAGACCUAACCCCUCAGCCUGCCGCGGAGGCUGUGGUCGGGCAGAAGGGGGACACGGACGCCAAUCCCAUGUCCAUCAACGAGGUCAUCAUGUCGGCAUCAGGAGCCUGCAAGCUCAUUGACUCGCUCCACUCCUACUGUUUCUCCUCCAGGCAAAGCAAAAGUCAGGUGUGCUGCUUGCGUGAGCAGGUGGAGAAGAAGAACGGGGAGCUGAAACUCUUGAGGCAGAGGAUCAGUCGCUCUGACAGUCAAGUCAGGAAGCUGAAAGAGAAGUUAGAUGAACUGAAGAGGAUCAGCUUCCCUUACUUGAACAGUCUGCUAUCGCAGGACUGUGAGACGCCACAACUGAACCCUGUGAUGGAGCCCCUCUCCUGGAUGCUGGGCACCUGGCUCUCGGAUCCGCCGGGAGACGGCACCUUCCCUACCAUGAAGCCCUUUCAGUACCUGGAAGAAGUGCACAUCUCUCACGUGGGGCAGCCCAUGCUGAACUUCUCGUUCAAUGCCUUCCAUCCAGACACCAGGAAGCCAAUGCAUCGAGAAUGUGGAUUCAUCCGCCUCAAACCCGACACUAAUAAGGUGGCCUUCAUCAGUGCCCAAAACACAGGUCUUGUGGAGGUGGAAGAAGGGGAGGUGAAUGGACAGGAGUUGUCUAUAGCUUCUCACUCCAUAGCCAGGAUCUCCUUUGCCAAGAAGCCUCACGUGGAACAAAUUACCAGAAAAUUCAGGCUCAAUUCUGAUGGAAAACUAGAACAAACAGUCUCUAUGGCAACCACUACGCAGCCCAUGACUCAGCACCUUCACAUUACCUACAAAAAGGUGACCCCCUAGAGCCCAAGGGCGGGAUCUCCCUGCCGAGGGCCCUGCCUGUUGUGCACUGCGAGCAGCAGCAGCUCAGGAACGCGGGACAGCACGAGCCGGAGCUCAGUGCCCGCUGCAGAGCUGCCUGUGCUGGUGAGAAUGUCACRCGGAUAUCUCUGUA